AUGAUUCGCCAGAAGAUAUCCGUUUUGGUCUUAGUCUUUGUCUUCUCGCUAUUCCUCGUCAAAGACAUCGCUCUCUUCCGCACCAUUCAGUCCAUCACUUUCAACGCUAACACAUCGCAGCCGUGUCCGCAGAUCUACGCCAAGACAGUGAUGUUGGAUCACGUGAACAACUAUAUCAUGAGUCCGCUGUCCCGCGAGUUCGAGGACACGAUUCACUUGACCGCACGGUUCCCGUCGCUGACCGCCAAUCAGGUGUCUUAUUUCGGUGUUUUGGUGGCCGUUGUGGCCGCGCGUGUCGUACUGUCCGACACGCUGUGCGUCCGGCGUCUGGCCGUCGGCCUAUUCCUCGUCAGGCAAUUCGUGGACGACUUGGACGGACUCGUGGCCCGCAUUCGCAUCGGUAUGGAUCGCAAUGUCGACGUAUCCAUCACUGGCACAACAGGCUACGCCGUGGAUGGGAUCUGCGACGCGAUCGGCUUCACUGUCUUCGUGGUCGCCGUAUUCGCCCAUUCGUUACGCAAUACUAACUAUAAGUACAAACCGAUUAUCGACGGCGACGGCGAGUCUCGCGCCAAACGUCUACUCCUCCGCAACUACGCCCUCUUCGGCCUACAGAUGGCCCUCUCGUGUGUCCUCUGGAACCGUUACAUCGAUGUCUUUCAUCGGCUUCUGGAGGUCCACCCGUCGGUCACUACCGUCCAGAUAUUCAAAUCACGCCUUCAAUGGUUGAUAAUGUGGUUGUGGCGCUGCUAUGGAAACGCGCACCAAUUGAUGAUCUUCUUCUUGAUGUCUGUCUGGUUGAACCGUUCCGACCAAUUCGUCCAAUGCGUCCACUUUAUAGGCUUUGUGGCGCUCAUUGGCCUAUCAUUUCUCACCGAAAUGCAUUUAAAUGAUAUCGAGAACUAUUUAGCGGACACGAGCUGAGUGGCCCCCGGGGUUGAGCCCCACAAGCCUUAACCCCACCGCUAUUGCCAACGCACCCGCCAUUUGCGUACAUAUCCUAAUUACAUACCCCACCGGCCAAUAUAUACACGAGUCAUUAAUUACCGCAUAUUAUUAUUAUUACUAUUAUAUAAUAAAUUAAAUUAAAUUAUUAAAAUUUUUAACUAUUAAAUAGUCAUGUUAUAAAACUUGUAUUAUUCCGUCGCCCCGUCUAUACCGCGGGUCUACUUUUAAUAUCAAUUUUAGUAUUUUAAGCAACAAAUGUAUUAUUGAUUUUUGAAAUAUAUAUUUAAUUUUUAUAAAUUAUAA